CUCGGGCAUCUUCGGUCAAGCCCGAGGAACCCAAGGCAAAGGCCACAGCCCUCAGGACGCUUAAACGCACCCAGAGUAGAACCCUUAAGCGCACUGCUUCCCCCGAGCCCUCCGAGCCACCAAAGAAACGCGCUCGGUCCAACAAAGGCUCUGCUGAUGACGUCGAUGACACGAAGAAGAAAACCGCCGCGAAGCUCAAGGCCAAGGCCACGGUCACUCUCUCUGACGUCGAUGGCACUAAGAAGUCGUCUACCAAGUCAUCAUCUACCAAGCUCAAGACCAAGAGCUCGAAGAGCUCUCUGUCAGAUGCCGAGGGCUCAAAGAAGAAGGCCGCUGCUGAUAAACUCCAGAGUAGGAGAGGCUCUACCUCAGAUGUUGAGAGCUCCAAGAAGAAGACAACGCUCGCUAAGCUCAAGGCCAAAAGGGGUUCUUCUACCUCAGACCUUGAGGAAACCAAGAAGAAAUCUGCGCUCAAAGCAGCAGUAGCGGCAGCAGUUCCGGCCAAGAAGAAAGUCACCAGGCAGCCGUCUACCAACGGUAUCGCUCGUACUCAUGAGCCGAUACCACAACUAAAACCAUACUUCAAUCCCCUUCCCACUGUGCCCGAUCAUCCUCGUCCCGCAAAUCAGCUUUUCGCAUGGGGUGCCGGCAACUUUGGUCAGUUUGGCAUGGGUGAAAAUAGCCUUGGCGAGUUCAGCGCUCCGAAGCGUAACACGUGGAUCGAAGAAAAUAUACAGGACAACGUCUUUGGCGACGACAGUGGUGGCCUCGAAGCCAUCGCUGCCGGUGGUUUGCAUACUCUCUUUAUUGAUGAAAAGGGAACGAUCUGGUCCUGUGGCGUUAAUGAUGAUGCUGCUUUGGGUAGGGUCACGAAGGACGUGCCCGACCCCAAUAACCCAGGCUCCUUCUUGGACGUAGAUAGGCUGACCGCCGUCCCCCAUCCUUUGCAAUCAUUGGUCGAUGAAAAGUUCCGUGCAGUACGCAUCGCUGCUGGCGAUAGUAUAUCUGCUGCCAUCAGUUCAGAAGGAGAGUUGCGGGUUUGGGGCUCCUUCCGGGCCGCCGAAGGUUCUCUGGGCUUCUCAGGAGAGACGCGGCUAGAGUUCCUCCCUAAAGCUAUCUUAGAACUUCCUCAUCGUCCAGGCGAUUACGAGCGAGCCGUCCAAGUCGCCGCUGGUAACAACCACCUUCUUGUUCUCACAACGCACGGUCAUGUUUACACGUGGGGCGCUGGCGAGCAGGGGCAACUCGGCCGGAAGAUUCUGGAUCGUCGCAAGAUCCACGGUACAAACCCUGAGAAGACUGCCCUCGGCGUCCGAUCGAACAAGGCUGUUGUCAUCGGUACGGGCAAUUACUGCUCGUUUGCUGUCGACGAGGAUGGUGACGUUUGGGGAUGGGGCCUGAAUACCAUGGGCCAGACCGGGACCGGUAUCUCCGAGCCCAAGUCAAUGUCGGACGAUAUUGGAACCCCGAAGACAAUCCCCGAGCUCUCCAAGGAGGCUCUAGGGGGUGAUGUUGUCGUUGAGAUAGCAGGCGGCGAGCAUCAUACUCUCUUCCUCACCAAGCAGGGGCGAGUCUUUGCUUGCGGCCGGUGUGAUGGCUGCCAGCUUGGGUUAACAGACGAUGUCCCCACAUACAAGGAGCGCAAAAACCCGGACUUCUUCGAGACGCCUACAGAAGUCAAGUUCCCAACCAAGGAUGACGACGACCAAAUCAUCCACAUCUCUGCCGGCACACACAACAACAUGGCCAUCACCCAAGGUGGUGCCUUGUUUGCAUGGGGUGAAGAGACUCAGGGCGAGCUCGGUUUGAAGGAUCUCCCAGAAGAUGAUAAAGUUGAGACUCCUUCUGUCAUCGUUCGAAGGGAAGGGGGCUCUUGGAAAGCCAUCGCCGUGGCUUGUGGUGGUCAACAUACAUUGGGGAUGUUUAGGAAGAAGACUUGAGUUCCUUGUAGAGUAUACAGUGUCUCUUUUUAUUAUCCCUUUUUGAUUUAUUGAGUCACAUAGCUAUAGUAGUAUUUAUUAUACGUUUACGGUUAGAGCAUAGUCAUGACUGCAUUCAAUGUAUUGUCUGCGAUAUUCAUCUCAGUAACCGCAAAGCAGAAGAUGCCCUUGAUACUCAAAGGCAUGAUCCUAUUGUCAGUGUUCGUGGGUGCCAAACCCUCGCGAAUACUUGUGUACGUGUCAACUUUUGAGAAUGACAUCUAAGAGUAAGUGGCUGCAAGACGACCGACUAUGUACUGCUCGGUGGUAAUGGCAUCGUACUUGCUUGGGCUCUCCUUGCUCGUACAGGAUGGCAGGCUCUCAAUAGUAGCGUCGAAGUUUGGAUUGCAGAAAAAGGCAAUGGACUGGCGUUUUGCUGUCACGCCCUCGGUGUUGCUGAUUUUCUGAGCGGGCGGUGCGACUACCCUGUGCAAGGUCGAUCGUAAAACGUCAUUGCUCCAGCGAGCGAGGAGGUCGCCAGCGUUCAC